AUGUACCUAUCGAGAUACGCUAACUUGAGAUGGGCAUACUGUAAGUACUCUUCCGCAGCUCAGCUCAGCUCAACCCAGCCGGCGGAUAUUCUUGGGCGCGCCUGCAGCGAACCAGCAUCCAGUAUUCUGGAGUUCCCGCCCGAUGGGUUUGUCUCUGAAUCCGAGACGCCGUGGGAUGGAUCUGGAUAUCAAGAAUGGCUGUCUCCGCGGGGCCCUGCUACUGAGAUACCUACAGCAGUGAUGCACUCCGGACUUUGUGUUAUUCACCGACCUGCUAAAGUGCCAGGAAUAGAGGUAGGGCCAGCUAGUGGCUAUCUUCGCCCAGAGAUCCAUGAGCAGACAGCAGGCCCCAAUGGGCAGGCAAAGAGACACGGCUCUCGGAUCUACAUCUACUACUAUCCAGAUGACGCCGACGAUGAUCCUUCCCCGGCAAGGUUGUCCGGCAUCCCAUUUGUCGACAGAGAUCCCAAUAACUCAGGUGCCUGCGUAGAUGACGAGGGUAUCCCGGUCGUUUCACUUACUAGCGCUAUCUGGGUGGCAUAUUGA